GCAUUCUGUUAACCACGGUUAAGCCUGAACCCAUUCUCCAUCUCUCUCUCUCUCUCUCUCUCUCUCAUCCGAUCCAACUUUAGGUGGUUAUUCGGAACAAAAUUUCCCCAACUUGGUGUGUUUUCUGAUCCGGACGUGAUCUGAAAACAAUCGAGUUCAGUUCAGAAUUCUUAUACUAUAUCGUGACGAGAGCUUCAUGCUCAGGUAAAUGGAGACGCAGCGGAUAAUGGAGAUUCCGCAUAGGAGCAUAGACAAGAGGCCAAGGAAGAGACCUCGUUUAACAUGGGACAUGCCUCCUCCUCCGCCUCCUAUUCCUCCUCCUCUUCCUUGCAAGGUUCUUCCAGCUUCAAAUCGCAGCCAGGAGGUUGGGAAUGGCAUUGUUCCAAAUCAUGUUUAUUCAUCAUCCAUGUUUUAUAGGGGAACGUCUCGCAAUGGAUCGCCCCCUUGGAGGCCUGAUGAUAAAGAUGGUCACUAUGUUUUUGCCGUGGGUGAAAAUUUGACACCACGAUACAGGAUUCUUGGUAAAAUGGGUGAAGGAACAUUUGGUCAAGUCUUGGAAUGUCUUGACAAUGAAAAGAAAGAAGUUGUGGCAAUUAAAAUUGUUCGCUCCCUAAUCAAGUAUCGUGAGGCUGCAAUGACUGAAAUUGAUGUGCUGAUGAGGCUAGCCAAACAUGAUGUUUCUGGUUCUCGUUGUGUGCAAAUACGGAAUUGGUUUGACUAUCGUAAUCAUAUUUGUAUUGUAUUUGAGAAGCUUGGACCAAGCUUAUACGAUUUUCUACGCAAAAACAGCUAUCGUUCUUUUCCCAUUGAUCUAGUUCGGGAGUUUGCCAGACAACUUUUGGAGUCUGUAGCAUUUAUGCAUGAUUUAUGCUUGAUUCACACUGAUUUGAAGCCAGAGAAUAUUCUGCUUGUCUCAUCAGAAUUUAUCAAAGUGCCAGAUUAUAAGUUUUUGUCACGGACCACAAAAGAUGGCUCCUAUUUCAAGAAUCUUCCCAAGACAAGUUCCAUUAAACUCAUUGAUUUUGGGAGUACAACAUUUGAGCAUCAAGAUCAUAGUUAUGUAGUGUCAACAAGACAUUAUCGUGCACCAGAAGUUAUCUUAGGUCUUGGAUGGAAUUAUCCUUGUGACCUUUGGAGUGUAGGCUGCAUAUUAGUUGAACUUUGCACAGGUGAGGCACUUUUCCAGACGCAUGAGAACUUGGAACAUCUUGCCAUGAUGGAGCGAGUUUUAGGGCCACUGCCUCCCCAAAUGGUGGUCAGGGCAGAUCGUCGAGCCGAGAAGUAUUUUAGAAGGGGUGCACGUUUGGGUUGGCCUGAUAGUUCAACUUCAAGAGAAAGCAUGAGGGCAGUUUGGAAAUUGCCUCGAUUACCGAACCUUAUAAUGCAGCACGUUGAUCAUUCUGCCGGUGACUUGAUUGACCUCUUGCAAGGGCUUUUACGGUAUGAACCAGUAGAGCGGCUUAGAGCAAGGGAAGCGUUAAGACAUCCCUUCUUUUUGCCAGGAGAUCCUAAAAGAUAUGGUUACUCAUUAUAAGUGACAAAAUGGUGUGGAGAAGAAAACACUGCCGAGAAUGUAGGGUAAUAUCAACACAAAUACUAUGAGUCAUUUUAUUGCUCCACUGUAUAGUGAAAAAGUGGAUUGCAUCACUUUUUGUACUAUGCAUUCUUUGUGUGUUAGUCGUCUCCUUUCGUUUCUUCGGCCCUCCCCCAUAAUUGGUGUUUUAGUGUGUAAAUUAAUUUGGUGAGUAGUCAAAUGUUGACUUCGUUAUACGUCAGUUAUUGGUUAUUGCCUCUCAGUGAUUGAGAAUAGGGCAUUAUAUGUCUCUCUGGAAUUUUAUCUUCUCAGUUUGCUGCAUGGUGUUUUAAUUGCCCACUUACUUGUUUCUUGAUGAUUUUGUGAAAUGAAUGAUGUAAAGUCACGGUGAUAAUGUGGAAACACAUUACUGUGAUGUACUUAGUAUAUAAGUAAGCAACAAUAUA